AUCUCAAUGAUAUAGUUUACGGAUCUAGUGUUGCUUGCAAUGCAUGAAUUCAAGUUGCGCAUUUUAUAUCUUGUCCGCCUUGUCUGAGCCCGAUUCCAAAAUUCAAUCUGAGAGUUUUCCGAUGAGUUGAGUGCACAGCAGUGCAUUUGGCGCUUCGUGUAGAGUGCGGAGACGGUGGAUGUGCAUGAGGCCUAGAAUAAUUGAAGAGUCAGAUUCCUACUCUUCCUCUCUUUCACACUCUCCCACGUCACCCACCGGUCCUAUCAAACGCAAAUUCCACAAGCGACACACUUCUCGCAGUCUGAAGUCAAAGUCCGGGAUGUUCCCACCCACCUCACCGCGAAGCAACAACUACGAACGACUCGAAACCGGACUAGGUCCCAGCAGGAUGGCUGGUAGGAGAUUUGGUUGGAAGAAGUUCGCAGUUGGGGCCGUUGUCCUUCUUGGGUUCGUUUGGGUAUUGGGACCGAGGAAAGAGGAUAUUAUACCAGAGAGAUACAUUCCUUCUAUUGCUAAACCUUAUUGGCCGGAUUCAUCGACUGAAACAACGUUACCCGAGGAGCAGCCUCAACCUACGAGUGGGAACGCACCCCCACCGUCACACCCUUUAGAUGAGGACAUCAUACCCAAUCCACAACCUCGACCGACCUCAAUAGAUACAGAUCCGGACGGUUCAAAGACAGUAUAUUGCACGGCACCGCACAAACCUGGAGUCCCACUAGUGCAGUACGCUCUUAUGAUAGAUGCGGGAUCGACUGGGUCUAGGAUUCACGUUUACAAGUUCAACAAUUGUGGCCCCUCUCCAGCAUACGAAUAUGAGGUAUUCAAGCAAACACAGCCUGGCUUGUCGGACUUCAACGGGAAGCCACUCGAAGCGGCACGAAGUCUCGACGUUCUGCUAGAAGAAGCAGUCAGAGUCGUCCCUCCGCCUUUACAGAAAUGUACCCCCGUCGCUGUGAAAGCGACCGCGGGUCUACGUCUCUUGGGUAGGGCCGAGAGCGAGGAGAUCCUCGAAGCGGUACGACAUCGUCUACGCGAGAGAUAUCCUUUCAGUCUUCCCGACCAGGAUGGUGUCGUGAUCAUGGAUGGUAGCGAUGAGGGCGUGUACGCUUGGAUCACCGCCAAUUACCUUCUUAACACUAUCCGUCCCGAUACACCUGAAGGUACAAAACCUUACGGUGUCCUUGACCUCGGUGGCGCUUCAACUCAGAUAGUCUUCACGCCGACUUUCGAUAUGUCGAAACCGGACAGUACGCUUGAAGAGGGCGAGCACAAGUAUGAUCUCAAGUUUGCUGGGAAAGAUCAUUUGCUCUACCAACAUUCAUACCUUGGCUAUGGUCUUAUGAAAGCUCGGGAAAGUGUCCAUAGGUUAGUUGAGUUUAUGGGUUCUUUCCAUAAGCCUGGUGCAGAGGCUGUUGUUGGGAAUCCCUGUCUUUCUAGAGGAACUAUCCGGGAAGUCACGAUUGAGGACGCAAUUCGAGGUGAUAGCAGGAAUGUUACGAUGGUCGGAGAGGACAUAGGUGGUUUCGAAUCUUGCAACAGGGUGAUCGAGCUCGUUAUGGCGAAAGACGCUAUCUGCGAAGUCAAACCAUGUGCCUUCAAUGGUGUCUAUCAACCCUCCCUACUCGAAACCUUCCCCAAAGGAAAGAUCAUGCUCCUUUCCUACUUCUACGAUCGUCUCCGCCCUCUCCUCCCUGACUCCCCAUCAUCCCCACCUAUCCGCAUCUCCACUAUCGCGACCCUCGCUCAACAAGUAUGCCUCGGCAAACCCGAGUGGGAAAAACAUUGGGGUGAUGAUCCAGCACUCAUGGAAGACCUCGAUGGGAGACCGGAAUGGUGUUUAGACCUGACGUUUAUGCAUGCCUUGUUGAGACUAGGAUACGAGUUCUCUUCGGACAGAGUUGUGGAGAUCGGAAAACAGAUCGACGGGACUGAGUUGGGUUGGUGUCUUGGUGCCACUCUUGCCAUGGUCGGGGCGGAGUUGAAAUGUCGCGUAUGAGCUGUAGUGUUUACGUCUGCACGUUUUUGUGGGGUUGGAUUGGACUUAUGUAUAUGUUUCAUUGGCCAUUUCAUAGUCGGGUUCGUAUUCAUAUCUUCAUUGACUACCUAUUUUAUGCAUGGGCUGAUACUGAGGAAGACUCAUUGUUAUCGGACCAAGACCCUUCAAUGCUAUUGGAGUGCAUGGCGGCUGUCAUGUUUCCUGCAUGAAGUUGAUUCCGAUUCCGAGGCACCAGAUACCAAGCAUAGACGGAUUUACGAUUGGCCACGGCCAGAGCCUUCAGACUGGUUCCGCGUCUUCGAAUUCGAAGGACAAGUCAAAUUGUUUCUAGCUCACGAAGUAAAAAUUUCUUUUCGAUACACAACUUACUACGUAUGCUGUUUCUUGCAGAGCCUUAUUCGACCGUCAAUGAAGGAAAGAUCGAGUUGUACACCAUCCAUUCCAAGGCGUUAAGUACAUAAAAUCACCAUACAGAUA